CUGGAUCGCAUACCUACAGUUGGAUCGUCUGGCCUACUAGGAUUUUAUUGGUCCGCGAUUCGAUUCCUGACGCAUAGUUUGGAGAUUGUGCAGGAGGGUUAUGAGAAAGCAAGUCACAAAACAGGCAUAUUCAAAGUUGCCGCUUUGACCCAUUGGACGGUCGUCCUGAACCGAUCUCAUUUGGAUGAUAUAGCGAAAGUCUCGGACAAUGAAUUGUCGUUUUUAGAUGCGGCGAACGAGAAUAUCCAAAUCGAGUAUACACUGAGCCCAGCGAUCCAUGAUGAUCCGUACCAUAAUUUAAUCCUCCGAUUGCAGUUGACGAGGAAUUUGGGUGCCAUAUACCCAGACGUUCGGAAUGAGCUAGUCGUUGCGUUUGGAGAGGCAUUGGAUCUGAAAGGGGACGAGUGGAGCAGCGUCACGGCGGUUGAGAUGGUUCGGAGCAUCGUGUGUAGGAUCAAUAAUCGGGCGUUCGUCGGUCUUCCUCUUUGUCGGGACCCGGACUGGAUCGACUUGAACAUCCAGCUUACCGUUGCUAUCGCAAAAGAAGGGUUCUUGUUGAUGUGGCUCCCGAAGUUUAUCAUGCCCUUGGCAGCGAGAUGGCUCACGCGGAGGACCGAAAGUAUCAACCGCGCGGCUCGACAUCUUGAAAUUACAAUCGGGGACCGCCAGAGACACAUGAAAGAGUAUGGUAAAGAGUGGACUGACAAGCCCAACGAUCUCUUGCAGUGGUGCAUGGAUGAAGGCAGGGAAAGCUCCGUGGACCAGUUGACGGUGCGUAUGAUGGCGAUUAACUUUGCUGCAAUACAUGUGCGCGGGUUUGCACAAGCGCUUUUCUUUUUAGCGACGGACCCGCAGUACGCGGAGGUGCUCCGUGAGGAGGUCGAAACAGUCGUGAAGAUACAUGGGUGGACGAAAGAAGCGCUGACGCACAUGCGUAAAGUAGAUAGUUUUUUGAAGGAGGUCCAGAGAUUCGAAGGACCUGCCAUUCUUGGCGUUCCCCGAAAAGCGCUGCAAGAUGUGAAACUUUCAGAUGGGACUGUGAUUCCGAAAGGAGCCUUCGCGGCUAUCCCGACGUACGCGAUUCACCACGAUCAAGACAUUUACGAGCAUCCAGACGUAUUCGACCCUCUGCGGUUUGUUCGAUUGCAGGAUGCUAGGCAAGGUCCGGAAUCGAGGUUUCAACUCGUCGCUGUUAGCCGUGAUUCGUUGGCAUUCGGGUUCGGAAAAUCGGCUUGUCCCGGCAGGUUUUUCGCCGCUGCAGUUAUGAAGAGCAUGCUCGCACAUGUGGUGGUGGAGUAUGAUGUCAAAUUGGACGACAAGGAUAGAUCUUCCCGUCGGAAGGGAGUUUGUUUUGGCCCCCAUCUCGUUCCAGAUCCUGAGGUUAGGGUCUUGUUUCGGAAGAAACAAUAUUUGAAGAAGUCCGCUCAAAAAUAG